AUGUUUGGUACUUUCCGUUACAACAAGCAGACGAAGAAUCAUGAGCAUGUAGAGAUUUCUACUGCCAACGGCGUGGAGGCUCGCGGAUAUACGUCUGUCGCCUGUGACUACUGCCGUUUUCGCAAGCUCAAAUGCAGUGGAGAGAAAGGUGGCUGUGAUAGAUGUCUCGCAGCGUCCAACACUUGCACAUACAGACGGAGCUCGAGCUCAAGAGACGACAGAAGGCAACAACGUCGACUAUCUUCACACGAGGUCAAUUCCCAUGAUUGGUCCCCUGAGAUCUCAAACCAACCUGCGGUUCGUCGAUACUCACAGCAGUCCCAGUCUCAAAAGCCAGCCAACAGGAAAAAGCAGCCGUCCAGAUUAGAUGGUGCUGCUAUUAGUGCGGAAUCUUCUCAGUCUAGCUCUGAUGGUGUCGUUGUUACCUCGCCUUCAAGUUGGCUAGACCCUUAUUGGGAGCUUCCAUCAUUCAACGAUUAUGCAGACAGUGACAAUCAUGGACUGGACGGGCUGGAUGGACUAGUCGAUAUUCCCACAUCAGUACCACUAGACGGCGGAGAGGACGGAUUUUUUGAAAGCGAGCUUCUCAACGAAAGAACAGAGGCAGCGGAUUGGACUGAAUCUUCGGCGACGAUCCAACCCAAUCAUGAGACACUGUUAUUUACAAAUAUCAACACUUGUUCUCACGAAGGUCAAGGACCCGGUCGAACCCCCAAAGGGAAGCGAAAGUCCACAUCACAACCAACACCGACAUCAAGCCCUACCUCUCCGCCUUUGUCGGUCGGCAACAAAUAUCCUUCUAGCUGCCGAUGUCUCAGCACUAUGGCCCAAUUCCUCGAGAGCACAGGUUCACAUGGAGGUUCAGGCACAGGUAUUGACACCCUUUUGGCGUGCCUGGGGCACGGUAUAGUGACGUGCGAACAUGUUCUCGCGUGUCCCAACUGCAACGCCUGUACAGAUAACAGCAUGCUCCUUUCUACCCUUGUGCAGCAGCUUGGAGUUGCAGCAAAAAGCAUGGCUGACACCCUCCUGGCUCGCGAUGGGAAUGGAAACAUGGAGUCUGAGACCGUGACUAGCGACACGGUUAUUCGAUUUGGUAGCUACAUGAUUGAGAUGCCAAAUCUAAGGCUCCGCCUCGUCUACAAUGCCAUCCUAUUGCAUUUCUCACGACUUCGCGGUCUCCUUGUGAAAAUAAUAGAUGAUGUUCGACCGGAUGGCGUUGCUUGGAGGCAGAUUAUUAGUACUGAACAGAAGGUUGGCAGCAUCUUUGCUAUGAUCAAACGAUAUCUACAGAGGGAAGGACGAGUUGGACAAUAA